UGUUUAAAAUUCGUAACUUCUUAAUAGAAAAUACAAAACGUGCAAUUUCAACACUUUUUUGACAACUUUUAAAGAUUGCCCAUGUACAAUAAGACAAAUCUUUUAAUUUGCUUUAAUCAAAAUGUCGUUAGAAAAAAUAAACCAUUUUUUAUUCAACAACACUAUGGACACAAAAGGGACAGCUGGUUAUUCUGUAUAAAGGCCUAGAUAGGUUUUCUGUUUUUUUGUACUUUUUCUUACGAAAUUAAUCCAGUGAACCAAAAUUGUUGAAGUUUAGAAAAUACACCACCUCUACUGCUAAUCCUGAAGUGAGCUGUAGUUUAAUAUAAUUGUAAAAAAAUGGACGUUAGCAGAGUGAAAGAUCAAAAAAAUGUCUCUGAAAUCCUUCCAUUAUGUACUUAUGAUAAUGAUGAGACUAACUGUCGGCCAAGGCUGGUGGUGAACAAGUAUAAAAAGUGCGAAUAUUCCAAUGCAAACGAAGUUUUCUCGACUGAAAAUGAAACAACCGGCUUGGACAAAACGACAGAAGGUUUACUGAAAGGGCUUAUACCACAUUCAAACGAUCAUGUGAAAAAUAGAGACCCCAUUGAUAAACUUUACAGCCUUUUCAACACGCUGAAUGACAAUCAGUUUCCCAAACAGUACAUCCCGGCUCGUUACAACAUUUCAAAAGGAAUCACAGACGAACUGUUUCAUAAAACAGAAAUUGAGGUCAACUUUGAAACUGUGAAAAUGUCUCUGUGGAAGGCUUGUACAAUCAUGGAACAAGUGAAUGGUGUAAAAAGUUGAAUGACAAAUAUAAUAUGUAUAAAGAAGUGAAAUUCAAA